AUUAGGUAUUAAAAAAUUUUGUUUGAUCCGUAAUUAUUUUGUAGGAAGCAAAUAUAAGAGUGAAUUUUGGAAGUAAGACAUUGAAAAUUAGAUAUAUAAUUCAUUGAGGUUAGUAAAAGAAGUUUUAAAUCAAUCCCCAGAUCAUUUUAUAAUUUUAUAGAGGAUCAAUCUCUGUAUGAUUUGACAAGCAAGAGAAAAUUUUGAGCAUAGAAUAGAUGAAUAGAGGUAACAAUUACAUAUCGAAAUGAAAAAGCAAUGAGAUUGAUUUUUAGUUAAUAGUACAAAUUGAAGUUUCUGUAAAGUUUAAUCCAAAAUAAGUAAUCACAGAAAGUUUCCAUGGUCUCUUUUAAUUAAACAUAUUUAUCAGCCAAAUCAAUUUGCAUAUAAAAACUAUUAGCAAACUAAUUUAUACGAAGGAAGGAUAAAUAUUUGAAAGGAAGCAUGUUUUUAUAUUUGUAAAGGUAUAUAAAAAAAUAGGAUUUUGAUUAAAUUAUAAUAAGUAUUUAUUGUUGUUCUUAUAAUUGAGUAUUGAGUACAGUUGAGAAAUAUAAGGAAUCGAUCAGAAUUAGAAUUUUUGGAAAGUCUUUCGUCCUGAUUAAAUUAAAAGAUCAUGUAGAUUUAAAGCAUUUUAUAUUAAAGUUGUAUAGUGUAAAUUUGAAUUAAAUAAAUUUUAUAUAUUCUAUAGGAAAGGGAAGUGUGUAUUUGUUACAAUUUAAAGUCAUAUAAUUGUAUGUUUUCAAGUGUGAUUGAUGAGUUAUUUGAUAUUAAUUUCCUCAACAGAUUCCUUUGAAAGUUGAGACUCUAAUUUUUCUAGAAAGUUAAUUGCUUAAGUAUAUGAGAUUAGGGUUUAUAGUAGUAUUUAAAGGGAUAAAUAAUCAGAUUGAAGGAUAUUU